CCCAUCACAUCUUCGAUACCGACGACGAGCAUUUACACGAGCGAGCUCAACAUCAAUCACCACAUCAACGACAACAGUCCCACUCGUCAACAUCGGUCUGCAUGACAAAGCGAGCCAGCACCGCAUACUAUCCCAGCUUGCUCCCAUCACCGCCUCCAGGCACAGUUUCGGCUUCCCUGCACCGCAAUCGGGCGUGUCUGCUGCCUUGAGUCACCCGCUAAAAGACCCACCCUCACCACUUCGCACGCCCACCACAACUCCACCACGGCACACCCCCCUCCCUUCGGCAACGCCAAGGUCCACGCUGCAACUCACUUGGUUGCUUGGAUUUUAUAACAACCCGAGCCCGCCCCUCCGGAAGACAUCUCCGGAUCCUCUUGAUCAUCAUGUCCACUGCCGCAGUUGCUCGACCACAAACUGCAAGCUUCUCCUUUGGAAAGCAACAACCACUCAUCCGAUCCGCCACCAAGAAAGCCAUGUCCAUCACGCAGACUUACUACCUGGCUCACAAGGCCCGGGCCAAGCUCUCUCGCGAGGCGGCCCAGCCUGAUCACGACCUCCGCCUGCUCGUAGGGCACGCCAACCUCCUCGACUCCCUGAUGCUUGAGCUUGCCGAUGCCGAGCGCGAGCAGGAGCGCUGGUUCAACCAGUCGGUUCGCGGCUCUUCAAGCGAUAAGACUGCCGCCCGCCACGUCCAGUGGGCCGAUAGCAUCGCUGAGCAGCCCGAGGACGAGUACGACUCCGACUCUUCUGACUCCGAUUCCGACUUUGACUACGAGGACGACGUUGAGAUGACCCCCGCCGUCUCCGUCUCCGCCCGGACGCCGGUCGUCACUUCCCGACCGGUGGCCGCCUACGACGACGAGCAGGAAAUGGGCGACGACCUCGAAGAGGACUACGCCCAGCUCGAGCUCGUCCGGACACCAUCCCACUCCAACUCGCCGCCCGAGCUUCUCGCCGACCACGACUCUGAAGAGUCUGACGACGAGUCGAUGCCGCCAUCACCUGCCGACGCCUUGCUGCCCUACACCGAGAAGGAGGCCAAGGAGCAGGGUUCGCUGUACGACGAAGAGUACUACGUCUCGCGGAGGUCUCCCGCGGGCCUGGUAUCUGCCAUCUCGGUAUACUAGGUUCCGACGCAGCUCUUUCCAGCGAAUUCUCUCCAGUCUCAAUUCUUUACGGCAGCGAUGGCAUAGCACGGCGUUUUUUACUUCUACAUGGGCAUGAUACCUCACGGCAUAUGGCGGGCAAACUGGUUUUUAAAAAUAGCGACUUUUGAUUUCAUACAUUCACGUUCAUGUUUUACGAGAACGGUCACCACUCUAGAAAGGACAAACAGCACAUUGUCAAGGGAUAUACCAAUGAUGAUGGGGGAAAUGUCAAAUGAUACAUUGCAUUUUGCGAUUGCCGCUCCCGGGCUCUCAGGAGAAGCUGAAGCCAACGGUAGAGUGGCAGCGGGUUCGGUCGGCAUCUGGGCCGCUAGAUAGGCACAACGGAACAAUUGAACAGAGCCGAU